GCAGUUUGAUCAUGUCCUCUUACACAGCCCUCUACAUGGAACGGUCUCGACGUCUGCUUAGGCGGACACCUGCGUCUUCUGUGCGGUAUUUAAGCCUGCCGUACGUCCACUGUCAUUCAGAGCGAGAGCUACUACCUGGUACAUUCGUUCACAUUGCUCAUCUUCACCAUGCUCGCACAGUCUCUUUUCAUUGCCUUCGCUGUUGCGUCUGGCGUAGGUGCAAACUGGCUUCCCUACCAGCGCUCUGCGCUCUCUUCCGGUCCGCCGAGCAACCUCGCAGCCGGAUCGUUCUCCAACUGCACGUCGUACGCGACGGUGGAGACUGGAGACACGUGCUCGACCCUCGAGGCUGCAGCCGACAUCUCGUUCAGUGACCUCCUUCGCUGGAACCCGGAGCUCGAUACAGCCUGUACCAUCCUCGAGCUCGGUGCAGCAUACUGCGUGGGCGGCGGAGGUGAUGCGUGCCCCCAACUCUACACCGUAGCCUCCGGCGACUACUGCAGUAAGAUUGAGAGCGAAGAAGGGCUCACCGCGGCCCAAUUGCAGGCUCUCAAUCCCUGGCUGGAUGCUAACUGUGAUCUCGAAGUCGGCGAGGUCCUUUGCGUUGGCUCAAGCCCGACGCCAACGACGACGCUUACAAUGACCGUCAGUACGGCAACGACAGCGACUACGACCACAACCUCAGCGGUCCCGACGCCUACAAACAUUGCUAGCGGAAGUUGGACUAACUGCACCACAUACUACGAGGUCCAAAGCGGCGACUCGUGUACCGCUAUCGAUGAAAAAUUUGGCAUAGCGCUCAGCGACUUCCUGCGAUGGAACCCCGAGGUGUCGGACGAUUGCAGCAAUCUCCUGCUAGCUGCGUACUGUGUCAAAGGCUCGCCUGCGUGCGAUGAAGUCUACACGGUUGUCAGCGGCGAUUAUUGCGCGAAGAUUGAGUACAACUAUAACAUUACCGACGCGGAUUUGUACGCGUUGAACCCCUGGCUCGAUUCUGCGUGUGACUUGCAAGUCGGUCAGAAUCUCUGUGUCGGCGAGAUUGAGUAGUGUAACAGUGGACUAUGUGUACCGUUCAAUUCGCGUCAGUUGGUAUUGGUGGACAUUGGGUGUAUGGCUUGCGACGAAGCUAGUACAAUGGUUUUCGGGUGAUUACAUAAUAACAGUAGAUGGGACAAGCAGUCCUUGCAAAGUUCAGGCGAGCACGAGAUCUAUCAGUCUCAUUAGUGUCUGAUCACUGGAAUACAUGACUAGUGACUGCUUACCCUAGAGUCUCACGUCUUCGCGAACGCAGCGCUGCGCAUAUACUCAUCAAUCUGCUGUGCC